AUGAACGCCGACGGAGGCACCGACGAGACCACGGCGAGGUUGGUGUCUCGUUUGGCCCAGCGCUCGACGCUGUCGAGUGACGCUGAGCCCUUUAUUCCCUCAUUUCUGCGAGCACCGGCGACCACAACUGAAACUCAGCAUAAAAAUGGGGAGGAGAAUGCGGUUGAGUUGAAACGAGGCAAGGUGCUGGAAACUGGGCUGAAGCAGCUCUAUUGCAACGCUGAGACAUACACACAGCUGCCGUCCGUUGAGAGCCUGGCAACUACGGCGGCUGUUGCUUCCACAGCCCUCUGCACAUUUGGUAGCAUGACAGAAGAACAGUUGCAGGAGUUGGAGGAGUAUCUAUGGAAUCCUUCUCAAAAUAAUAAUGAGUCUUUUCAAGAUGAUGAGCGGGUCUUUGCCAAUGACGAUGAUGGUAUGGAUCCAGAAGAGGAGGAGUGGCUCUUUAACCAAAUGUUGGAAGCAGCAGGAGUCACGCAGAUUGAAGAGACAACUACCGACGAGAUUGGGGGGUCAUGA